GCACUAUCUCUUGCUUGGUGGGCAGUCAUGGCACUUGCCUCUUCUGCGACAAUCUGGUAGCACCUUGUUCCGUUAUGCUGGUGCGUAUUGAGUUCUUCUUGAUGUGUGGGUCCUAGUCGUGCUGUGUCCUUUUUGUGCAGAAGAAGAGCCCUGCAGCUGUCAACAGGAGAACUCCCAAGCAUGCCAAAGGUACCAUAUUAAAGUACGGCACAGGCUGAUCGCUGGGAGAAGCCAGAUCUUCAACAUCUACUCCAUGAUCUAUCCACGUCACAUUCAGAUCCAGGAGCCGAUAGAUUGUAGUUGUUGUCGAAAAAAUGGUUCAUCAGAACAGAUGAUCGGUCCCGUUCCUCCUAAUCUUCAUCGUAGUUCGGCUCUCUUCUCGUGCGUCUCAUUGCAAGAGGCCAUGUUGGGCAAUGUGGCUAUACAUUGCAGACUAGUUUAUAGCACGCAUGGUGCAUGGAAAUGGAGUGCAUGGAGCACGUGCAGUUUGUCCACGCAUGGGGUUCGUGGAGUGCAUUGCAAGCGUGUCACGCACGGGCACGCGUGGAGCAUGUCCCGCCGAAGUUGGGCCGGAGAGCCUAGACGCCCGGGGGCCGCCUGGUUAUGUGUCAAGGGGUGACGUAGCCGAUGGAAUUGCAGCUGGUUAGCUGAGUGCCCUAAGCUAAGCGAACCAGUUUGCGGCGUCUGGGGGCUGUAGCAGUCAGGGCGGGUUGACAGGCUAGACGCUUCGGGGUCCAGCGCCGCCCGGUAAUCAAAGCGUCGAGGGGUAUAGCAAGCGGCGCUGAGGCUGAUGCCUUGGCCGUCUGAAGGGCACCGGUCCGCGAGUGAGUGGGCUGGGAGUCUUAGCUGUCGGAGUUGGUUGAUAAGCUAGACGCCCGGGAAGCACUGCCGUGGACGUAAUGCGCCUGGGGGUGGGUCAUGACGUCGCUGGCGGGGCUGCGGCUGUUUUGUUAGGCGCCUUAACGGCAUAGGGUCCGCUCCGGGCGGCGAAGGAGCGGGUCGGUCGGUCGGGCUGGAGGCUGUGCAUAGCAGUCGGGGCUGGGGUUGGCGGGUUAGGCGUCUAAGUUGCUUCCCCGAGGUACCGGGCUGGUAGUAGGUAAACUCCGACAAAGGGGCGCCUGAAGCAAGGGCAUGGAGUAGCCGCUCCAUGCGUUCCAUGCACUCCAGGCCAUGCGGGCCGAGAAACCUCAUAAACCGCUCUGCUAUAGGUCAUAUAAUCGCAGACCAGUGAAGGUCUUCGAUGUUCAGCUACGCACACGCUGCAAACGAGAGACCACGUCGCUAUUGCUGCAUCGUAGAGACAUCAUCACUAACCACACCAUUUUUAACUUCUACUUCACCCAGUACGAAUGCACUAUUCUUGCAGAGGGUCCUAAGCAGGAACACGUAGAGAGAUGAAGACGAGCACAAGAAGUUGUUGGCUGUGUGAAGAAGAUCGGAGCGCCAUCCCUAGUGCACUAUAUUG